AUGGCCUCAUCGCCUCGACCGGCCGAACCUCAGCUGCGACGGAAGCCCAAGAUGGCCGAUACGCCUGCGUCUACAUCCUCCACCCCCGCUCCUGCAGCACGCCGUGGCUCACCAUACCUGCCGACCUCGCGCGAGUCCCUCCUUUUGGCCGUCUUCCCGGUUCUCCUCCUCUUCGGCACCCUCUUCAGCCUGCUGUCCCCGCAGACGCGCGCGGCCGCCGCCGCCGGAGCAGCUUCGACAGGCAGCGGACCUGGCUCAGGAACAGCGCACUACCCGCAGGCACCCAGCCUCGCGCCGAGCUACUUUGCGCGCAAGGACAACCUGCUCAACGUCUUCUUCGUCAAGCGCGGCUGGUUCUGGAUCACGAUCACGUUUGCUUUUUUUGUCGGCACCCACCCGUACUAUGCUGAGCCCAGCGCACCCCGAAAACACGUUCUGGGUCGUCGUUCUGCCGCUGUCCUCCGAUGGGGCCUCGUCACCGGCUGGUGGUUCCUCGUCACGCAGUGGUUCUUUGGUCCCGCCCUCAUCGACCGCAACUACCGCCUCACGGGCGGCGGCUGCCAGGCCCUGCAAGCUUUGACCGACGAGGCGGGUGCGGCUGCUUCGUCGGGCGAGGGUGGCAAGCACGCCGAAGCGACAUACCAGUUUCUAGAGGCCGCCACGGCGUCGGCCUGCAAGCACGCCGGCGGCCAGUGGCGCGGCGGUCACGACAUUAGCGGGCACGUUUUCCUCCUGGUGCUGGGCACGACGUUUUUGGCGCAGGAGGUUGGCUGGGUGCUGUGGCGCCAGGCGCAGCGGCGAGCGGCCAUCUCGGGCGGCGUGCCUGGCAGCACGAGCCACAGCAGCAGCACAGCGCGUGUCGUCGACACACGUUUGCUGGUCAUGGACGACGGCGCUGUCAAGUCGGCCGAAGUCGAGGCCGGCCUAGCCACCGGCAGUACCGGCGAGCAGAACAGCAGUGCAGCCCGUGCCGGUCUCAUGCAGCCCGAUACCCGCAGUGCCAACGCGGCCCUAUUGUCGCGCGUUGCCCUGCGCGUGACUGCAGCCGCGAUUGGCCUCAGUUUGUGGAUGCUGCUGAUGACGGCAAUCUACUUCCACACGUGGUUCGAGAAGCUUACUGGUCUUCUCGUUGCGCUGGUGGCCUUUUACAGUGUGUACGUGCUGCCGCGGUGGGUACCGGCCCUGCGGCGCGUCGUCGGUUUGCCCGGGUUGUAA